AUGUCCAUCUGUGAAUUCAUCGUCGCCAUUUUCGGAACCACGACCGGCGGGGCCAUCGCUCACAAGGUACUCAUUGCCUUCGUGUGUAUUUACAUCUUCUUCUUCGCUUCAACCUGGGGACCUACCGGCUGGGCUGUCUCCGGAGAGGUGUUCCCUCUUACCAUCCGCUCCAAAGGAAUUACACUCAGCACCGCUUCAAAUUGGCUUUUCAAUUUUGUCAUUGCGUCCGUUACUCCUUAUUUUGUAGACGAGGAUAAAGCCAACUUGCAGUCGAAAGUGUUCUUUAUUUGGGGAAGCACAUGUGCGAUGGCUGCUGUUUAUGCGUGGUUUGUGGUCUACGAGACGAAGGGGUUGAGCCUGGAAAAGAUUGACGUUAUGAUGAGGGAGGUUUAUGCAUGGCAGAGUCCUCGAUGGAACGAGAAUGUGAGACAAGCAGUGAUUGAGAAGGUUGAGGGUGAGGGCGCUGGCCGAUCUGCUCCGAGUGAGAAGAGUCCAGAAGCGUCGCCUGAGAGAGCCAAUGAUAGAGAGCAGUAG